AUGUGGCACCUGGACUUUGACAGCCCCCGGGAGGAGAGGAGGCACUCCGAGGCCAGGUCCCCGGAGCAGGGCUGGAGGAAGGGGACGCCGUCGGAGCAGCCACUGUUGACCGGCGAGUCCAGCCUCCUCCGGCAGCACGAGUCUGGCCUCAGCUCCAGCAGCUAUGAGCUCAGCCAGUACAUGGCAGACGCUGAGCAGUAUGAUUCUGUGGCUUCGGCAGCUUGGAGCCCCAUUCCGGCCGAGGAUGUCUCCGCAGCGGGGCCCAAAGCACCCAUGAAGUUCUAUGUCCCUCACGUGCCUGUGAGUUUCGGAGCAGGAGGUCAGCUGGUGUGCGUGGUUCCCAGCUCGCCGGCUGACGGGCAGGUGGCGCUUGUUGACCUGCGCAGCGUGGAGAUUAUUCUUAAUGAUUCGGAAGAGCAAGAGGAGAUGAGGAUUUUCUCAGGACCCCUGAUCAGGGAGGAUGUACACAAGGUGGAUGUCAUGAUGUUUUGCCAGCAGAAAGCAGCUCAGAGCCGCAAAUCUGAGACGCUGGGGAGCAGAGACUCUGCUCUACUGUGGCAACUCUUGGUUCUCCUUUGUCGCCAAAAUGGGGUAAGUGUCUGCUUUCGUGGGCAAGCAGAUGCGGUCCUGGAGAAAUUCACUAAACUGCUCUACUAUGGAAGGAAGAAGGAAGCCUUGGAGUGGGCCAUGAAGAACCACCUGUGGGGUCACGCUUUGUUCCUAGCCAGCAAGAUGGACCCAAGGACCCACAGCUGGGUCAUGAGCGGCUUCACCAACACACUGGCGCUCAACGACCCCCUGCAGACCCUCUUCCAGCUCAUGUCGGGGAGGAUUCCACAAGCAGCCACGUGCUGCGGGGACAAGCAGUGGGGAGACUGGAGGCCCCACCUGGCUGUGAUUCUGUCCAAUCAGGCCGGGGACGCGGAGCUGCGCCAGCGAGCCGUCGUCACCAUGGGAGACACGCUGGCUGGGAAGGGGCUGGUGGAGGCGGCUCACUUCUGCUACCUGGUGGCCCGCCUGCCCUUCGGCUACUGCACCGUGAAGACGGACCGCCUGGCCUUGCUGGGCAGCAGCCACAGUCAAGAGUUCCGGAAAUUUGCAACGACGGAGGCGAUGCAGAGGACGGAAGUCUUCGAGUACUGCCGGCUGCUGGGCCGCCCCGAAUCCUUCAUCCCCUCCUUCCAGGUAUAUAAGCUCCUUUAUGCUUCCCGUCUGGCAGAUUGCGGCCUCGUGUCCCAGGCCUUGCAUUACUGCGAAGCCAUUGGCGCGGCCGUGCUGAGCCAGGGAGAGAGCAGUCACCCUGUGCUGUUGGCGGAACUCAUCAAGCUGGCGGAGAGACUGAAGCUGUCAGACCCUCUGGCUGUAGAGAGGCGCGGCGGAGACAGAGGCCCGGAGCCGGAUUGGCUGGCGCAGCUUCGGAGGCUGCAGGAGGGGCUGCAGCGGAAGCUAACAGGAGACCGUGCGGGUCCUCAUUCUGCUCGCUCGGAGCCUUCAGGAGCCCGAGGAAGGACAGCAGAGAACACUUUCGACCAGGACCUUGCUGGACCUCAGGGCUACUCAGACGCCCCUGGGCACCGCUCAGCCCUGUGGCCCACAGCCGAGCAGACCCGCCCGGCCCAGCCCAGCCCACAGCCGCCCCUUCCCCCCCAGCCCGGCUCCUACCCAGCAGGAGGGGGUGCAGGGCAGACGGAGGCGCCGGUGCCUCUUUACCCGGUUCCUGAGACCCAUCCACCAGGGACUGGCGGCGGCGUGGCAAUGACACGGGUUCCUGGAGGAGCGGUCUGGGAGGAAACGCUGCAGACACCCCCAGCCCCUGGAGAGAACACGGUGUCCCAAGAAACCUCCCAGCAUCCUGAUGGCCAAAGGGUCAUUUCCAAACCACAGGCACCGCUGGUUCCCAGAGCGCGAAGCGUUUCCGAGAGUUCCACCAUUUCUGUCAAGGAGGAUGAGGAGGAGGCCUCCGAUGAAGCUGAUGAAAAACCUUCCCAAAAUACCGCACGGAGAGAAAAGCCAGGAGAUGGGGAAGCGAGCACAAAGAGCUCGGGCUUUGGCUGGUUCAGCUGGUUUCGAUCGAAGCCCACCACCGUGUCCCCCUCUGGAGAUGGAGACGCGUCGGACAGUCCCGACUCUGAGGAGAGCCCCAGGACAUCUUCUGCCCCCCGGGCCAGCCUGGGCCUCUCACCGACACCUCCCCCCGGGUCCCCACCGCCGGGCGCUGGCGCCUUCUCCAGGGGCGCAGGCGGGGGUGAAGGAGGAGAGUCUGCACCCGGCGGGGGAGCGGCCGUGGGCGUUGAGAUCGGGGGCUCGUCGGGGCCCGAGGGUGUUUCCUCCGCGCUCUUCUGCAGCCCUGGUGUUCUGCUUCCUCCUCCUUCCUCCACAGCGGCUGUUCCCCUUUACAACCCGUCCCAGGUCCCUCAGAUGCCCACGGCCACCAGCCAGAACCGGCCAAACCGCCUCGCGCAGCGCCGCUACCCGGCCCAGCCAUGGUGAGGACGCCACAUGUCCCAGGCCCAUCGCCGAGGAGCGCCGCUUCGACGCUGCCCCUCCUCUCAGCCUCCCCGCCCCUGCCAUGCUCGUGACCUCCGGAGGUUCGUGCUCGCCUGUUGCCUCCACCGGGCACUUAGAAAGCGAGGGGACAGCGUCUCCCAAGACUGAAGAGUGAUGGGAAUCAUUUUGUCAGACGGAAACUCUGGACCUAACAGCAGACUGGAAUCGAGCAGAGUGACGUGGCCGCAGACACCCUGAGAGAAGUAGGGCCCUGACGGUCCCCCAGCUGGAAGCAACACGACCCGUUAGCAAAGUUUUCACACUGAAAUUUGAUGAUUGCCGCCCUUCAUAAUCCCCUCUUCAGUGACAUUUCGGCAGUGAUCCUCUUGGUGCCAGUUCUAUGCACAUUUUCUGUGUGGUUCAGAUUAAUUCUAUUUCUCGCACUUUCUUAGCCGGUCCUAUUUUUUCACAUUCUGGUGUGUGGCUAUCAAGUUAGAUUGCUGUAGGCAUCAUAUUGUCAUGGUAACCACUGAACCUAAUGAUGCAGAUGGAUGGAACAUCAGUGUAAUAAAUGAUGAAAAGCGUUUCCUAAAAAUUCCUCCCUGCCACGAGAGGGGAGGAACGGGUGCCUGACAGUGUGAGUGCCUCCCUUCCGACCGCAGGCCUCUGCGCACUGCUGUUCCGGGGUCACUGGCGCCGGGGGAGGGGGGCAUCUUGGAAAUUUCCAUUUCUCUUUUCAAAUCCAAAAUAGGAAUGGCUCUUGCUGUCUAUAAGAUGUGCUGAAAAUUGCUCCUCACAAAGAACAUUUUUCGUCUGUGUAAUUGUACAUACAGGUUUAGUACUUUAAUGUUCUGCGGUUCUGAUGUUGAUAGUGAUUAAACCCAGAUAAUUUUAUAGCAAA